AUGACGCACGCUCCGCGAACCAUUCUCAACCGCGAGCUUCGCGCCGCCGCCAUCCUCAGCAUCCCCACAUGCAUCUUCCUCAUAAUAUUUCUGGCCCUCCUCCUGGAGUAUGGCGGCCAUCGCUACGCCCAUCUCUCCGUCAAUCCCUUCUGCAAAAUCCCCCCUUCUCACACCCCCGCCGCGAGGCCCCCUGUCACUGUGCUGCUACACAUCUCCGAUCUGCACGUCAACGACAUAGACGACGGCUCCGCCAAGCGCAACUUGCGCCGCUUCCAGAACGACAUCCUCCCGCGCUGGGCGCCUUUAGCCAGCGCCGUGCUCGUCUCCGGCGAUCUCGUCAACGCCGUCGCCUCGCGUCGUUAUCCAUUCGGUGGCCGCAGCGCGCAGCUCGCCACUGAAUGGGGAUGGCUGAAGGAGUACGCCGCCCAGGUGAACAAGUCCGUGCCUUGGCUGACCGUCCACGGGAAUCACGACACGUUUGGUACCUCUGUGCAGCAAAACCCGUACGUGGAUACAUGCGCUGCCACGAACGAACCAGUCCAGAUGACUAGGUUCAGGGGGAACCGCGAGGCUGCUGAUGUGUUUGCGCUUGAUUGCACGCUAGAGAAACCGCUUCACCGCCCGCUCAACUUUUUCGGUGAUGGGCGACGCGCGGCCGCGGCCCUGAAUGAAGCGCUCUCUGAGGUGAAUUCGAAUGGGGAUGCGGGGAUGGCUCUGGGGUUUGGGCACUUCCCAACGGCGGUAAUGGCGGGAGGGAGAGGUGUGCAUCACGCUGCGGCAAGGAGGGAUCAGGAGGGAGGUCUGGCCCGGCCAAGGUUAGCUGCAUUCUUGUCCGGGCAUUUACAUACGCUCAAAGGGUUCAUGCCGGGGGGCUUGCAGGCGGUUAGUAGAGCGGGUGUGCUAGAGCUACAGCUACCAGAUAUGGUGCAGACGGGGGCUUAUCGAGUAAUCACAUUGGAUGCCGGAUCGUUAGCGUUUAAGGACUUUACAAUUGAUGGGAAAGCUGAAGGGGUGGAUGAGGUGAUCGUGACGAAUGUGCCUCGUGCGGGACUCUGUAGUGCCGGCGCAGGGUGGGGUGCGUUGAUGUCUUCACAUGUGCGGCUUGUCGGGCCUCAACGCGUGAUGGAGGGGUCCAAGCUGGAGGCUCGUGUUGAUGGAGUGCCACUGGGUGUUGUGAAGAGGUUGUCGUCCAACUGCGAGAAGCGAACAGGGGAGCAGUCUGAGAAGAGUGCUCCUGAGGUUUGCGUGAUUGCGUAUGGGGUACCGUGGAAUGCGUCCCUGUAUGACGAUGGACAACCGCAUCUGCUCACCAUUCAUUCAGCUUCGCAGCGGCAUGCUUCGCACCCGUUUUCGUUUAACGGGGUGCCUGAGACUGGGAUGAAGGCGAGAGUGAUACGAUUAUUGUCUGCUUUGUUUUCGCUUUCUGACUUCGAAGCAAUGUCGCCCAAGUUAUGUUCUCUAGGCUUUCUCUUUACUUUUGCGUUUUGCAUUCCUGGUUUGCUGCGAAAAAGAGCAGCGACGUUUGUUCUGUUUACCAUGGCAGCGCUUCUGAGGUUCGGGCCUGCCUUUAUAGUGACCUAUCAGCUCAGAGAGGCUGAUGCCGGUCUGGGGAUGGCAGGACUGAAAUCAGUGUGGUUGCCGUCUUCCUUUCAUCCAUCGGGCGUGGAUUUACCGUAUACGUUAUCUGUAACCGUGUUGUUUGGGAGCUUGGUUCCUGUAUCGUUUUUGGAUGCUGUGAUGUCAUCACGGCAGGCUACAAUCUUGCAGCGGUCAACCGUUGCGCGAGUUUGGGUCCCCUUUUACUUAUUGAAAAGUCUUUCGUGGUGUUUAGAGGUUGUUGGAGCACAUGGCAUUCUGGCUGUGCUCAUCAGUCCGUCAUGUGUACCGCUCUUCAUUGCCUGUUCAGUGAGUGUGAUGAUGUCAUUCAACGCUCUAGCAAAAAAGGAAGACUGA